GUCCAGGAUCCAGGUCUAGUGAGGUCAAAAACGCAAGCCUUCUAGCUACACGUUUUUCUGAUUUUACUGGUCGAGUCCAAAUUCGGUAGAAACAAAAAUGGCACGUCGAUAAAAUCAUUCGCUUUUCUACCAUCAGCCUUUAUAGACGUUUUACUAAACUCAAGGUAGAACUUUGGAAGGAAUCUGAGAGUACCAAUAUUUAAACCCGUUGCCAUGGCGACUUGUCCACGAUUGGCCACAGCGGCGUAAGUACAAGAAAAACGUCAUCAAAUCUGAAUACGGAUGCGAGAUGCUCCCGCGAACUAGAACAGAGUGAUGCAAAAAGUGUCGUUGAGGUGAGUGGACACAAGCAGGUGGAUCAAGAGCACAAAACAAACCCGGGAGGAAACCUUGGAGAAGCCUUUUUGUUAGCAUCGAAUACAUUUAGCCUAUUUUCUGAUUCCUUGGAUUUCUGGAUGCCGACAGGUAUGAUGCAUAACAAUCAUCACGUCCGGAGGGUUUCCCUCUAGGCGUGUUGGAGACUCGUUCUCAAGACGGAACAUUUGCUCUGCUGUUGCCUCCCUCUCCAAAAAGCCAAGACGUUGCUCCGCACCGAUUCGUGUGGCCCCAAUCCGAGGCGCGGUGCCCGUUUGGGAAGGUCGGCUCUCGGUUCCCUCCAGGGCGGAAUGAUGGUGCACUGCGCGGGGUGCGAGAGGCCCAUUCUCGACCGGUUCCUCUUAAAUGUCCUCGACCGCGCAUGGCACGCCAAGUGUGUCCAAUGCUGCGAGUGUAACUGCAACCUGACCGAGAAAUGUUUCUCCAGGGAUGGAAAGCUCUAUUGCAAAAUUGACUUUUUCAGGCGUUUUGGUACGAAAUGUGCGGGCUGCUUGCAGGGCAUUUCGCCCAGCGACCUCGUGCGAAGAGCGCGCAGCAAGGUGUUCCAUCUGAACUGUUUCACGUGCAUGGUGUGCAACAAACAGCUGUCCACGGGCGAGGAGCUCUACGUCAUCGACGAAAACAAAUUUGUGUGUAAAGAGGACUACACGAGCGCGAGCGCUAUCAAAGAGGUCAAUUUAAAUUCAGUGUCAUCGUGUACGGACCGGAGUUUAUCGCCUGAUCUCCCGGAUGCGAUCCAGGACGACACGAAGGAGACGGACAAUUCCACAUCCUCAGAUAAGGACACUAACAACAACGAGAACGAGGAGCAGAACUCGUGCACGAAGCGGCGGGGCCCGCGCACCACCAUCAAGGCCAAACAGCUCGAGACUCUGAAAGCAGCGUUCGUGGCGACGCCGAAGCCCACGCGACACAUCCGCGAGCAGCUCGCGCAGGAGACAGGCCUCAACAUGCGAGUCAUACAGGUGUGGUUUCAAAAUCGACGGUCUAAAGAACGCAGAAUGAAGCAGCUCAGCGUUCUCGGUGCUCGACGACAUGCUUUCUUCAGGGGACCACGCAGAAUGAGGCCACUCGGAGGAAGACUAGAGGAUCCUGACAUAAUGGGCCCUGGAGGAUACAGCUACUAUGGAGAAUACCAAGGUGACUAUUACGGGCCAGUGGUCAACUACGAUUUCUUCCCUCAUGGACCCCCUUCCUCACAGGCACAGUCUCCAGCCGAGUCCCCGUACCUCCUCAGCUCGGGUUCAGGAGCCCUGGAGGGUGGUCCAGUCUCCGCUCUCCACCCCUCAGACGACCAAAGGUUCACGGACAUGAUCUCUCACGCGGAUACCCCCAGUCCUGAGCCAGGCAUGACCGGACCACUCCAUCCUAAUCCACAGGGGGAGGGUGGCUUCACAGGGGGUCCGAGUCCACCCUUCCCCCUGGCCAACAACACCAGUUACAGCGGCCCCAUGUCCCAUCCUGGUCAAGAGAUGGGGGAGAACACUGUUUGGUAGGACAGCAAGAGGCAGGAAAGACUCUGAACUAUGGAAACAGAGGGAAUUCCAUCCAAACUGGUCUACCUAAGUGCUAUAGGUUACUGAGGGAGGGUUUACUGGCUGGUCAUGGACCAGAAUGAACAAAUAUUUAGACCAUAAACCUGAAAGGUUGAAAGACAUCAAGUGCAAAUGACCCUCUCUUGCGGUUUAGGUUCCACUGUCAAGGAAUGUGUAUUGUGAAUGGUCCUCUGGACCAAUCACAUUGGUUUGAUUCCGUUUCUUGAGUUUAAUACUAUAAUUGCGACAAUAUCCCAGAUGUUUGUCAAAGGAGUUUUCUACUGCAUUUGAUGGUCAGAAGUGAGCUAGUACUUAAAGGUAAAUCCAUUUUCAUGGUUUCAUUGCUGUUAGUUUCUUCCUUUUCCGAGAUAAAAUUAAUGUUUUCUGUUCUGUCUUAAAACUGGUCCAUUUGUAACAUAUUUGGUUCAUUCAUUAACUGCUG